GAAAACAUAUUAUGGUGUUGCCACACAUUUCCCAUAUGGCGCAGGCAUACCCAAAUCAUCGUGGCUUGAAAGUCAACUCCGCCAUUUCAACUUUAUUCCUCCUCUUACUCUUACUCAUAAUUCCAAGACCCAUAACCGCAGAAUGCUACACAUCCAUCUUUGCAUUUGGCGACUCACUUACAGACGUCGGAAACCGGGUUAUUCUCUCCGACGACCCUAACAGCUUUAAAAUAUCCCAUCCUCCUUAUGGAGAAACCUUUUUUCAUCAUCCCACCGGUCGAUGUUCCGAUGGCCGUCUCAUCAUAGAUUUUAUAGCGGAGUACUACGGACUGCCAUACAUGCCUCCAUCAGCUAGUGUUAUGAUGAACGGCGGCAUAAAAGCGUCGGAUAUUGAGGGAGGUGUGAAUUUCGCGGUUACCGGAGCUGCUGCAGCCCACUCGGCGUUCUAUGAAGAAAGAGGGAUAAUCGAUACCACUACGAAUUGCUCCCUCAGAGUUCAGAUGGGAUGGUUCAAACAACUGUUGCCAUUUUUCUGUGGCACACCAUCAGAAUGUCACGAGAAGCUCAGAAGCUCACUAUUUGUGGUGGGACCAAUUGGGAGUAAUGACUAUCGUAAUGGACUUUCACAAGGAAAAGAUAUAAAAGAGAUAAGAUCAUAUGUUCCCAUAGUUAUCGAUACAAUCAGAGCUACCAUCAAUGAUUUGAUUGAACUUGGCGCAAAGACAAUCAUGGUGCCCGACACUUCUCCAGAUGGUUGUCUAGCCAGUGUCCUCACUGAUUUUGAAAGUAGCAACAAGGUAGAUUAUGAUCCAACUGGUUGCCUUAAUUGGAUGAAUGAAUUGAACGAUUACCACAAUCAACACCUUCAACAACAACUUGAUACCAUUCAAUAUUGUAAUCCUGGUGUUGAUAUUAUAUAUGCUGACUUUUAUAAUAUUAGCAUGGAACUUUAUCGUCAUUCUGAAAAAUAUGGAUUCAUUCGAUCCCUUGCAGCUUGUUGUGGUGUAGGAGGGAAAUAUAAAUUCAACGACGACGUAAGAUGUGGUGACAUAGAAGUAAAGAGUUGUCCUGAGCCAUGGCUUCAUAUUGAUUGGGAUGGAUAUCACAUGACAGCUAAAGCAAAUAUAUUGGUUUCUAUGGCUCUACUAGAUGGAACAUAUACAAGUCCUCCCAUUAAUACUUUGUGUGCUCCUUCUAUGAAGUUCACCUAUUACGAUUAAGAGUAUUUUUGUAAUUGUCUUUUACCUACAUGUUGCACCUUUGCAUUAAUAUGGCGGUGUUUAGCAAUUGAUGGAUAAUUGAUAGAUUAUAUCAUAUUGUAUUCACCAAAAGCUAAUAAUAAAUUAUAUUUGAAUGCUAA